AUGGCUCUCAGCAUGCGGCACUACGCUAGCAAUUUACGAUUGGAUGCUGCUUCUGACAUCGAAGUUGCCACCAUUUCGCGCUCCAAGUGGACACUGCCGAAAUUUCUUUAUUACUAUAUCCGCUUCGUGACAGCCAUCUUCAUGUGCUUUGAGCCUUUCAAUUAA